AGCACGCCCCCCAUGACAAGCACGCCCCCCAUGACAACCACGCCCACCAUGACAACCACGCCCACCAUGACAACAUCCAUCCUAACAACCAUACCAUCCACCAUUACUCCUUGCAUCAAUCCAAUGACAACAUGAAUGAAAUGCGAGGACACCAUCAUGAAAAGCCCCACCCACCCCUGACCUUGCCACUAUCCCCGUGGGGCUGUCACAUCAACAUUUCCCCUCCCACCCCGGACAACUGGCACUACCGGAGCUCGUCAGACGGCAGCGACACGCCCAACUUCCUGCCACAUCGUCGCGCCAGUUCCUCCCUUUCACCCUUAACCGGUAAGAUGACGUCACACCGUCCGUCCAUGCCAAUGCUGUCUGCUGACGUCACCCGUCUGACGUCACGCAGGUCCAGCGGAAGUACUGGCCCCGCUCAAACUUCCAACCUUCGACGGUGUGACGUCAUUUUUGGCCGAGUCAUUGGCAAAGGUGCUUUCGGCAAAGUUCAUGCAGUUUCAGGUUUGAUGCACGGCCGACCAGUGGCUAUAAAGGUCGUCCAGAAGAGACGUGGGUCAGGCAUACACCGGGAGAUCCUGCAGGCAGAGCGUCUGGCAUUUUCCUUGAAUCUCCAGCACCCGCACCUCAUUGAGAUCGUGGCUGUAAACAUGUGUGAAGGGCUGAGGGGGGAUGCUCUGAUUGUCAUGGAACUGGUCAGCCCCAGGACGCUUCAGUCUGUACUUGAUGACCCUACUCGCACCAUAUCAUUUCCAGAAAGACUCCGGUUUGCCACUGAGAUGACCUCAGCUUUAGUUUAUCUACAUGACCUUGACCUUGUACACCUGGACGUGAAACCAAGGAAUGUUUUGAUGACGUCAGACGAGAAGUGCAAGCUGGCAGACUUUGGCAGCUUGACCUUGACCUCUGUUAGUGCACCCAUGGAAGAAACGGAGUUCACUCAAUUGCUAGGCACCCUGCCCUACAGAGCUCCUGAACUCAUGAAAGGAUUUUUCCCAUCCAACAAGGCGGACAUCUAUUCCCUGGGCAUCAGUCUCUGGCAGCUGGCAACAAGAGAGACCCCCCAUAUAGGGGCCAACCCCCACUGGCUGAUUUACCAAGUGACUAAAGUCAACAAGAGGCCAGACUACCAUGACACAGGAAGUGACUCGAAUGAACUCAAGUACUGUGACCUUUACACUGCAUGCUGGGAUGCUGAGCCCAGUACUAGGCCCAGUGCUGAAGAUGUGAGGGUUUCUCUCGACAACCUGCUCCAUCUAUCAUGGCAAGUCUGUAUGUCUAAUGGCAGGACAGACUAGUCUAAUGGCAGGACGGACUAGUCUAAUGGCAGGACGGACUAGUCUAAUGGCAGGACGGACUAGUCUAAUGGCAGGACGGACUAGUCUAAUGGCAGGACGGACUAGUCUAAUGGCAGGACGGACUAGUCUAAUGGCAGGACGGACUAGUCUAAUGGCAGGACGGACUAGUCUAAUGGCAGGACGGACUAGAAGAUGAAAGACCACCGGUACAAGAUGUCAUUCAGUAACAUGUCAUUCAGUAACCAACUGUACCUUCCUCUACUGGACAGAUUACAUGACAGUUUGACAUGGCCAGUUCUUGUCUGUCAUCUUGUAAGAUUGAAUGCCACUAGUGCUGUUGUAGGACUGGACAAGUGUGCACUCAAUUCUUCCAUCUACGUUAUGUGCACUCAAUUCUUCCAUCUACGUUAUGUGCACUCAAUUCUUCCAUCUACGUUAUGUGCACUCAAUUCUUCCAUCUACGUUAUGUGCACUCAAUUCUUCCAUCUACGUUAUGUGCACUCAAUUCUUCCAUCUACGUUAUGUGCACUCAAUUCUUCCAUCUACGUUAUGUGCACUCAAUUCUUCCAUCUACGUUAUGUGCACUCAAUUCUUCCAUCUACGUUAUGUGCACUCAAUUCUUCCAUCUACGUUAUGUGCACUCAAUUCUUCCAUCUACGUUAUGUGCACUCAAUUCUUCCAUCUACGUUAUGUGCACUCAAUUCUUCCAUCUACGUUAUGUGCACUCAAUUCUUCCAUCUACAUGUUAAUUUUGACAUUCAAUUGUCUUGCUUAUUCUAUUCAUUUAAUAAAGAAAUUGUUUCUGUAAAAUU